GCGGCGGGGGCGGCGUCGCGUCCGCGCCUGGAGCGGCUGGUUGGCGGCGCGACGGCGGAGGGCGUGGAGUUCGAGCGGAAGGUGGCGGGGCUGGCGGCGCUGCGCGCGCGGCGCCUGGGCGCGCGCUUCCAGCUCUACUCCAACGUGGCGGCCGCGCGCCCCUUCGACGACGUGUCUUUCACGGUGAGCAAAAACUUUUGCCUGAAGAAAUACUUCGACUUCUUCCUGAAGCUGCGCGGCUGGCACCAACAGAAGCUCGACCCGGGAGGAACUUUGACAGAGGCGGAACGUCUGCUGUGCGAGGAGCCCAUGGACCAGUGCCGCUUCGUGAUCUUCACCACGCAGGAGCGCUGGAAGGCGGCGGCCAUUUGCGGUGCCGCCAACGACCACCUCCACAAGAUGGCGCGCCUCGUUCUGGACACGGCGGCUGCAGACGACUGCAUAUGGGACUUACUAAACGGGGAUGCCAACGAAGAAAUCUUCCGGCAAGAGUUUCUCCCCAACCUGCUCGUGUACUGCGAGCAGCGCGAGUCGGGCCAACUGGACGGCUUCAUCUCGCGCGAAAUCCAGGCGCUGCUGGGCGACCGCCUGCCACAGCUCGACCUGCUCGCCCUCCGCUACCUGGGCUUCCUGAAGGAGUGGAUGCGGGACGGCGCCAAGGACUUCUGCCUGACGGAGGACUCGGCCGAGGUGGAGUGGUACCUGGCGCAGCACCUGCGGGAGAAGGCGCGGCAGGCGUGCGCCCUGGACGUCCUGCAGUUCCAGGGGACGCGAUGCGAGUCCCUGCGGAACGCCAUGCGAAGGAACGGCGCCGUCGUCAUUCAGGUGGCGGGCGUUCCUGCGGGUGCCCGGGCCGCCAAGGUGCUGGGCCUGCUGAAUGCCGAGCAACGCGACGCGUGGGUGUACGUGAACGGCGACGUCCUCUGCCAGUUCGAGGCGAAGGCACUGGUACUCGUACUGGAUGUGGAUUCUAAUCCCAAGAACCUCAACGAUUUGGUGCUGGCGGUCUCAGGCGAUGUUAGAAUCAUCUGCUUCGGGAAAAUGUUUUUGGAAAAUAUUCCUGUCACAACCCUCGAAGACGAGCUGACGUUUUCUCAAUUGACUGCAGACGCCCAAACAAGACUUCUCGAAAGGACCAUUAAGUUCCAAGGCCAGCCCGUGAGGCUGCGCGAGCUGGAGGGGGCGUGGCCCGGCCUCGGACACAUCAAUGGCCAGCCUGUGCGGCUGCGCGAGCUGGAGGGGGCGUGGCCCGGGCUGCGCGCGGAGGCGGACGGCGCGCUGCUGGGCGGCCUGGCGCUGGGCGAGGCGGCGCUGGGCGACGCGUUGCCGGCCGCGGGCGGCGAGGAAGAGGAGGCCGAACGCCUGUACAUUCCGCGCUCGUUCCAACACCCCAGCGCCCUGGAGCCGGCUGUGCUGUGCCUGGCCUCUCCCCGCGACCACCUCGUCGUCACCGGCCCCCCACCCCUCGCGGACGCACUGAAGCGCCUGCGAUGCAGACUCGGGUGGUCCUUGGACGAAAUGAACGACAGAUGGACUGUGCUGGAGAACGGUUCUCCUGCGAAGAUAGAAGCGGCGUUCGGCGCCGCCAGUUCCAAGUUCAGCGCCCGGAACGUCCACUGGGUGGAGUGCUUGGCGGCCCCGAACGAGAACUCUUCCUUCGACGCGGCUACGUCGGUAGGGGAACGGACAGCCAUGUGCUGCGCUUCA